AUGCUGGCAAGGAAAGCAGCGAGAUUGGUCUGUUCAUCCAGCCAUAAUCACAUCCAAGCCUCACACUUUAGCUCAACAGCAGCUGUCAGAGCAGACUUUACUCACGCGGUCAUCGGCGGCGGCGUCGUCGGCCUCGCCAUCGCCCGCCAACUCUCCCUCCGCAGCAACUCCUCCACCGUCCUCAUCGAGCGCCACCCCGCCGUCGGCACCGAGACCUCGUCGCGCAACAGCGAGGUCAUCCACGCGGGCAUCUACUAUGGCAGGUCCAGCCUCAAGACGAAGCUCUGCAUCCGCGGGAAGAACCUCCUGUACGAGCUCUGCGAGGCGCACGGCAUUGCGCAUAGGAGGACGGGCAAGUGGCUCGUUGCGCAGAAUGCGGUGCAGAGGGAGGGGUUGGAGAGCAUCUAUGCGCUGUGUCGGGAUGAGAUUGACGUGCCGGUGAGGUGGGUUGGGCGGAAGGAGGUAGAAGAGAGAGGUGAGGGCGUGAGGGCAGAUGCUGGCGCGCUGGAGAGUCCUACGACGGGCAUUGUUGAUUCUCACGGCUUGAUGCUUUGCCUUCAGGGCCUCUUUGAAGACGCCGGCGGUGUCGUCGCGCUCGGCUCCCCCGUCAAGGCUAUACGCGCCUCAUCUUCAGGAUCAUCAUCAUCAUCAUCAUCAUCAUCACUCCCCGGCAGCUCAGGCUGGGAAAUCGACGUCUCAGACGGCCCAGACGGCGACAUCUCCACCAUCACCGCCGAAACGCUUAUCAACGCCGCCGGCCUCGGCGCCGUCUCCAUCCACAACAUGAUUGUCCCGCCCUCGCAACACAAGCAGCUCUUCUACGCAAAGGGCAACUACUUCUCCUACUCGGCUUCGCAGCCCAAAAUCUCCCGCCUUAUAUACCCCGCCCCUGAGCCCGGCGCAGGCGGACUCGGCACGCACCUCACCCUUGACCUGGCUGGGCGGAUCCGUUUCGGCCCAGACGUCGAGUGGGUAGACGAUCCGAGCGAUUUGACGCCAAACGCCUCGCGGCUGGACCAAGCCAUUGCUGAGAUCAAAAAGUACCUCCCGCGAGUGGAUGCCGGUGCUCUUGUGCCCGACUAUGCCGGCAUACGGCCUAAGCUUGCCCCCAAGGGCGCGGCGUUGGCUACGGAUAAGAAUUUUAAUGACUUUAUCGUUCGAAAAGAAGAAGGUUACCAAGGUUGGGUGAACCUCCUGGGCAUUGAGAGUCCUGGAUUGACAAGCAGCCUUGCCAUUGCAGAAAUGGUGGACCAGCUCUUAUACGGUAGCCAAACAGGCACUGCGGACUCGGUACAUGCAUGA